AUGCGUCCCAAAAGCAUCAGCACCGAUACCAUCGACCUCGACUAUAUACAACGACUAGAAGAACGACUAAUCGCUCUGGACCGCAACAUCGCCAAGCACCACCAGCGCAUCCUCGACAAGACAGAGCGGCUCGUAGCCACUAACAGCCACAGCAGCCGUACACUGCGCUCACAUACUCAGGCUCUCGCAAGCCAAUCGUCUACCAUCGACGGCACAAGACACAUCGUCACUGCGCAGGCGCGCACCAUCAGCUCGCAGGCUAGGAAAAUCGCAUCGCAGCAGGAGCUGAUUGAGGUCAUGCAGCGCGACAUCUUCCGUCUGUCGAGGUGGAACACAGAGUCCAACAGCAGGAUAAACGCGCAUGACGAGGCGCUGAUCAGUCGAGAGGAUGAUAUACGCAAAGUCUCCGCAGGGUUGGAAGAUCAUAUCAGGUUUUUCGAGUAUAUCGAGAAAGAGACUUAUUGGAUGAAUGUCUACUCGAAGCAGAUGAUGAUGCUUCGUGCGACGGAGCUUGAGAAUGCUGCUGCUGCUACGAACGAUGACGAACGAAGUACAGAUACAUCAACUAUGGCAGAUGAUAUAAAUCCAUCUCCUAUUAUUAUCUCACAGCAUAUCCUACUUGAUAGAAUUGUCGUGCAUAUGGUCAAGGAACAUGCAUCAGGCCGGCUUCAGAACGUUAUCGACGGAUUUGAGGCUGUGCAUGGUGUUUCACUCCAUUCUUAUGAAGAUCUGAUAUUGGGUGAAACGACGACUGAGACAACGACCGAGGAGUGA